GUUUGAUUGGUUCACAUCGUAAGUCCUUGUAGUUUGAUUGGUUUCAUUGGUGACAGCGACCGGGAGUCCGCUUUGUUAUUGUUUGGUGAAGGAGGUAAAAAGGCAGGGAUAGAAUGGAAUCCCGCUGAGUCACGGUGCUGAGGGUUAUACAAGCAGCCGAACCCCCAGUCCUGCUGAGUCACAGCGCAGCGCUAGGGCCCAUGGGAGCAGACAGGCUUUUAGCAUUCUGACUCUCCGGGCUGAAGGAGAGAGACUGAGAGACUGACUGCCGCCAAUAGACUGCAUCGUCUGGCUGAAAACUCCCAGGCACGGCUAGGGGAGAGACAGUUGUGUGUGAGAGACGGAGAGACAGCCUGUAGCAGCGGGUUACGGUGCCUGAGAGACCUCCCUGUUCCUGUGGGAUUUGAGGCUCAGAGGAAAGGUCAAAGGGGCCGCUGCUCAUAGUUGAAGAUGGUGCGACUGGGCAGUUACUGUGAGCACAAUGGCAGCAUUUCCCAGGCCUGGCUGGAUAGCGGCCUCUCCCCUUGCUUCUACUUUACCCUGGUCCCCUCCAUGCUCCUGAGUUUCUCUUUCUUAUUAGGGGCCUUACAGUCUGCCUUGUAUGCCCGGCACAGCACCACCAUGGAACCCAAGUACAUCCCACGGUCACGUCUCUACCGCCUUCAGAUAGUGCUGUCUGUGGUGCUGAUACUGCAGUCUGUUAUAGGCCUGAUCUGGCAGGCUGCAGGCACCGAUGUGGUGUAUGGCUACAUGAUUGUGCAUGGCUGCCUGUCUGUAGUGGCCUGGGGAUUCAGCUUGUGGCUCCUUCAUUUGGAGAGGACAAGGGCCCUAGUGAGAGAGAAGAGCCGGGGCCAUGGAGUUGUGCUGUUACUAUUCUGGGCACUGGCCUUUGCUGCUGAGAACCUGGCAUUUAUUUCAUGGCAGAGUCCGAACUGGUGGUGGUUAUCGAGGGAUACCGUGCCACAGAAGGUGCAGUUUGGCCUGUGGAUUACACGGUAUGUGUGCACACUCUUCCUCUUCGUACUGGGAAUCCGUGCCCCAGGCAGACCACGCAAGCCUUAUAUUGUUCUUAUAAAUGAGGAUGAAAGGGAUGUGGAGACUUCACAACCUCUUCUGAGAGAUCCAAACCAAUCCACCUGGCAGGGUUUCAAAAAGAAGUUACUUCUGGUUAUGCAGUACAUUUGGCCACGUAGGAACAUACCACUGCAGCUACUGGUGGCUCUGUGCAUGGGGCUGAUGGGAUUGGAGCGGGCCAUUAAUGUCUUCGUUCCCAUAUAUGCAAAGAAAAUUGUGGAUGGGCUAACAGAGGAUUCUACAUGGAAUAUACUGGCUGUGACUGUCUGUAUUUACGUUCUUCUGAAGUUCCUACAAGGUGGAGGAGCAGGUACGACUGGGUUUCUCAGCAAUUUGCGGACCUUCAUGUGGAUACGAGUCCAACAGUUCACCAACCGGGAGGUGCAGAUCCGGCUCUUCGCCCACCUUCACUCCCUUUCCCUACGUUGGCAUCUUGGUCGCAAGACGGGGGAAGUGUUACGCAGCGUGGACAGGGGAACCAGCAGUAUCAACAGCCUUCUCAGUUAUAUUGUGUUCAGCAUACUGCCCACCAUUGCUGAUAUUAUUAUUGGGAUUGUCUACUUCACGUCUUCCUUCAACGCCUGGUUUGGGCUCAUCAUUUUCGUCUGUAUGACCUUGUAUUUAACUCUGACCAUCAUUAUCACCGAAUGGAGAACCAAGUAUCGUCGGGAGAUGAAUACCAGGGACAAUGAAGCCAAAUCCCGUGCUGUAGACUCCUUGCUGAACUUUGAAACGGUGAAGUACUAUAAUGCAGAAGGCUAUGAAGUGGGCAGAUUUAAUGAUUCAAUUAUGAAAUAUCAGGUUUCUGAAUGGAAAGUUAAUGCUUCGCUUGCCAUGCUGAACCAAACCCAGAAUCUUAUCAUUGGACUUGGGCUGCUGGCUGGGUCUCUACUUUGUGCAUACUUUGUAACUGAAAAUAAGUUUAAGGUGGGCGACUAUGUGCUCUUCGGAACAUAUAUUAUCCAGCUGUAUACACCCUUGAACUGGUUUGGCACAUACUACAGGAUGAUUCAGAGUUCUUUCAUUGAUAUGGAGAAUAUGUUUGAACUCUUCAAUGAAGACCAGGAGGUGAAGGAUGCAGUAAAUGCCCCAGCUCUCAUGUUCCGCUCUGGAAAGAUAGAGUUUGAGAAUGUCCAUUUCAGCUAUCUGGAUGGUAAAGAAAUACUACGGGAUAUAUCAUUUACAGUAAUGCCAGGACAGAGUAUAGCACUGGUGGGUCCAUCUGGUUCUGGGAAAAGCACCAUUAUACGCCUCCUGUUCCGCUUUUAUGAUGUCAAAGGAGGUACUAUUAAGGUUGAUGGUCAGGACAUUUCCACGGUCCGGCAGGAAUCACUACGCUCUCACAUUGGGGUGGUACCUCAGGACACGGUGCUAUUUAAUGAUACAAUUCGGAACAACAUACGCUAUGGGCGGGUCAGUGCCACAGAUGAUGAAGUGGAGGAAGCUGCAGCUGCUGCUGAUAUACAUGAACGCAUUCUUUCUUUCCGCGAUGGAUAUGACACACAGACUGGAGAGCGAGGACUGAAGCUGAGUGGAGGAGAGAAGCAGCGGGUCGCUAUAGCUCGAACCAUUCUGAAAGCGCCACAGAUUAUCCUACUGGAUGAGGCCACCUCUGCCCUGGACACUGAAACAGAGAGAAAUAUCCAGGCAUCUCUGGCCAAAGUCUGUGCUAAUCGGACAACUAUUGUGGUUGCCCAUAGGCUUUCGACUGUAAUAAAUUCCGAUCAGAUCCUUGUACUGAAAGAAGGGCAGAUAGUAGAACGUGGGAGACACGAAGAACUCCUACUUAAAGGGGGAGUCUAUGCUGGAAUGUGGCAGAAGCAACAGAGCGGCAGCGAAUCUUCCUCAGACUCUGAUUCUGAAAGAAAAGAUCGGACCUCAGAGAAAUUGCAGCCCCCCAAAGCAACACCAAGAAGAGGCCAUUAACCGAGAUGUAUUAAUUGAAGCGGGGUCCUAAAAAAGGGGAAAACCAGAGACUUAAUGCAACCACCGCCCAGGUUGCACUAGAUGUGCUGAUCUUGGGCUUCCUCAGUACAAAGCUCUCUUUCUGCUACAGAAUGUCUCCAAAGCUAGGGUUGCUCUAUUUGUCCUAUUAGCAGUAGGUCUGCAAUGACUAGCCAUACAGCUAGCAGUCAGCACCUUACCCCUAUAGCUUUCAAUUUGGGUGCAUGGCCCUCCAUUGUCACCUUAUAAGGCCAAGCAAUAUGGACAUCCCACACAAAUUUUUAAUUGGAAAAAAAUGCCUUUAUUGGUAACAUUGUGGGACAGACCAUGAACCGUGACAAUUCAGGCUUUUAUUUAGAGCCAAAAAGCAAAGCUCUCCGUCUGUUCUCAUGAACCAACCCCUUCCAGAUUCCACAGCCAAAGAAAUCUCCUUGUGUUUUGUGGAUCUCACCCAGAUCCAGGUGAAACAGGUCCAUAUGAACAGUGGAUUUCCCAGGACUGCAGCCCUUUGGUAUAAAUCCAUAUAAGACAAAGCCAAAUGCACAGCGAAACAACAUUUCCUCCAAUAAGAGGAGACUCACUGGAUGCGUCUAAGAAACUCAGGGUUAGAUAACAGCACUUGCACCAGCUGUGAGAGGGCACAGCUAUUUCUAAGCUACAUUUUUUAGAAUAUAGAUUGUUGUUUUGAAAUAUCAAUAUGGUGUUUGGGUGGGGAAAAUGAGUAUUUAUUCUGAUGCAGUAAUCCUCUGAUUUGUAGUUCAACAGCAUCUGGCCAAAUCCAGUAUGGACAUCCCUGUUCCACAGUGUGAAUUACUGCUAAUGAAUGGCAGUAUUUGUUUAUAUGUAAGGUGUGUGUUUUACGUAUUCUCUUAUACCACCUGAGAGAAGGGGGCAGAGCCACUAAUAUUCGUGUAAAGCCUCCGUCCAUUUAAACCAUCUUUAAACGUUCAAGUUUAUCCCCCACCAUCCCUUAUUAUGGGACACUAGGGGGUAGCCCUGUAAUUAGGGAACCACUGAGUUAUACCAUGUAACACCGCCCAAUGAGAAGAAAUCAUUUAUAAAGUGGAUAUGAAUGGAAUAAGCAAUGACAAUAGGGGAACUCCACCCUGUUAUAAAAUCUAACUUCUUUUACCCAUAGGCAUUAGCAACCUCUCUCAGAUACAUUACAAACCUCUCUAUAAGAGAUGGACAUACCUUAAAGCUGGCCAUACACGUUAUGAUUUUUAAAAGAUCUUUUUAUUAUUGUAGGACCAAGCUUAUCCUGAAACGCUUGUUUAAAAGUAUGACUUGUUCAUCAUCGUAAAACCAACCAUUUCAAGCAAUAGGAAGUUAGGAAACUACCCGCUUGCUCCUACUAACUAUUGGACAAUGGGCAAAUUUCAUUAAAAAUUUUCAAACCUGUCCGAUCGUUUUUUGAACAAUAUCGGAUGAAAAAUCUCUAUAUUUGCAGUUGUUCGGUGCCCACUGAUCUUACAAUAAUUUGUUGGAUCGCUCUAAAAUUGUUCAUUAGGGAGAGAAAAAUCUUAAUGUGUAUGGCCACCUUAAAUGUGUGGAAUGCAAGGGUUCUGUUCUGUGACUGGAACAAAGUUGCAUUGCAAACAUCAUACCUGCGCCUGAGCUGCAUCUGGGCACGUGUACUGGUAUUUUUUUAAACCUAUAAUUGCCCCCCAUUCUGCACACACAAGGCACAGCACCCUUGCCCACCAGUGAAAAUGGCUCUUCAUACCCAUUUUCACCAACCAGAGCAAUGGCUGAGACUGUGUUAUCCAAUGCAGGGCAGUUUGAUUUAGAAAUCACUGUCCUAGUUACCCUUUAAAAGGCAGCAAAGAUUUUAUACAUUAAAGUGAAAUGUAUAAAUAGGUGUAGAAUCUCCAUGAACAGUACCUGUACUUGAGAGCAGCGUCGGACUGGCCCUCCUAGUUAACUUUUAGUAUGUUACAGAAUGGCCAGUUCUGUGCCUUCUUCUUCUGACUUAUUACAACUUUCAAAUGGGGGUCACUGACCCCGGCAGACAAAAAAAACUAUUGCUCUGUGAGGCUCCAAUUUUAUUGUUAGUGUAAUUUUUUAUAACUUAUUUUUCUGUUCAGGUCCUCUCCUAUUUAUACAACAGUCUCUCAUUCAAGCCAAUAAUUUCGACCCAAGCUGCUGAAAUUCCAAACUGGAGAACUGCUGAACAAAAAAGGGAUAUAAUUAAAAAAAAACUUGAAAUAAAAAAAAUGAAGACCAAUUGCAAAUUGUCUCAGACUAUUACUCUCUACAUUAUGCAAAGGUGACCAACCCCUUUAUAAAUGGUAUGGCUCUCAGGCUGAUGGGGAUUGUCCUUUGGAGAGGGGGUCCUAUUACAGAAAGAUUACUGGCACCCUAAUAAUCCAGUCGGGCCCUGCUCAAGAUGUUUCUAUGGGGGUGUCUUGGAAAUGUGAGGCAGAAUGUAUGUGAUUGCAGCUGACUGACUGAUGAACCUGCUCCCCAAAGCUGCAGGAUACAUGGGGAUGUAAUUAAUUACAUUUGUGCCGCCAUAUUUAUUACUGAAUUUUCUUGGAUAACAAAUAAACGAUCUUUUUCUAUGA